AUGUCUUAUGUGCCAUCCAGUUUUGAUAACCUCUCGCAAGAUGAAGACCAGGUAAGUUUCAGUGAAAAGUUCAUACGUCAAUGCAAACAGCAGCCAUUAGUCCCCCUUGGUGCCAUCCUCACUACUGCGGCUGUCACUCUUGCUGCAAAGAAUGUCAAGUCUGGAAACAAAACGGGAGCACAGAAGUGGUUCCGCUGGCGUGUUGCCUUACAGACAUUUACUUUGGUAGCCCUUAUCGGUGGUUCGUUCAUAUAUGGCAAAAAGCAACAACCACAGAUUGAUGGAGAUGAACUACUAAGACAGAAGGCUAAGAUGAGAGAACAACUUUGGAUUGAAGAGUUGGAGAGAAGAGAUCAAGAAAUAGCUAAUAGGAAGAAAAGAGCUGAACUUGCUCGUCAAAAGGUAAAGGAAAUGGAAAAAGAGUCUUCACAACUUCAAAAAGAACUCCAAGAACUUGAGUCAAAAAUAAAGAAAUAA